UGAAAAAAUGUCCGAUAAGAUACCGUAUUCCUUAUUAAGAAUUCCAAUCUCAUUUGUACCUUCAAAUCCUUUGAAAAGUGUAGCAGGCGAACACUCAACUUCUGAGGAGGAAGACAAAGAGAAAAUAGUUAGAAGUGUAACAAAUUUUUAUCAAAGUGUUAUUUCACUCCCACCAACAAAAAAGAAAAAGGUACGAAAAAAUAAAAUAAACAUAACUUGUAAGAAACAAGGAAUCAUAAACAAUAAAACUAUUACAAAAAAUAAUAUUAUAGAAGAUUCUGAGAGUUUUUCUAAUAGCCUGGCAAAGUUAUUAGAAUACAACGAUGAGGAGGAGGAAGACAUCAAGCAUAUCGAACCCAUUGAGGAUACAAUAAAAACAGGAAAGAAUAAUGAAUAUGAAGAAAAAUUUAAUUCAAGUGAUGAUAAUAAAAUAUGGUGUGUAGAUUGCGAAGUUUGGGUAGAAAAGCACCUAUAUCAAGAUCAUAUUCAUGGUAUAGCACAUCUUGUUAUAUCAAAAAGCUUUAAUGAUCAGUCAAUACCGGAUCCAUUAACAUUAAAUGAGACUAAUGUAGGAUUUAGGAUGUUGCGUGAUCAAGGAUGGCGUUACGAAAAAGGACUUGGUAUAAAUGAACAAGGUAUAAGACAUCCGAUAUCAACAAGAUUAAAAAAUGACAGAUUUGGUAUUGGAGUGAAAAAAACUAAUCAGCCUCCAAAGACGAAAUUAAAAAGAUUGAAUGCAAAACAAACAGCAGCACAAUAUGAAAAAGAUCGUAGAGAUAAGGCUAGAAUGCUUGCUUAUAUGAACAGAUAAAUAUUUUAUACAUAAAAAAUAUACAUAUAGCAAUAUGCAUAUAACAUAUCGACAUGUAAUGCAGAACGAUA